AGUAGUGAACGCAUUGAAAGCACACUCUCUAUGACGUAAAGUAAGCAUUGAUUUUGUGAUUGAAUGCAAAAUACAAUACAAUAUCAAAACAAACCGUAAAUACAGUAACAAUCAAAGCGAUGGCAAAUCAUGUGUUCAACAAUUUAUGUCUUCACAAGAGACUCACCCUAUUGUCAACCAAUCCGUGCCUUAAGUUCUUCAGAUUGAGCUCAACUCAAAGUCAGGCAAACGAUGAAAAGUUGGCUCAAGAGUUGGGAUCCGAUAAAAAGGACGACGAGUUCAGGAAAUUGAAUUUAAUGCCAGGAAAAGCGCAGCAAAGAUACGACACUAAGAAAUACUUCGGAGAGAUCCGGAGUCCCAGAUAUAAGCGAAUGAAGACAAACCAGGACUGGACUAAUGUGUGGCCAAACGCGCGGGUCUUUCACCCGUCGACCGUUCCGUUGCCGAUAUAUAUGGGAUGGACUGUUCCCGACUCGAGCGAAGUGCCGGCCGGGAAGUACCACAACCCGGAACUGUUGAAAAUUCCCAAUUUUCUCCACUUGUCUCCACUCGCCAUUCAAAAGCAUUGUCAGGCGUUGAAGCGUUUCUGUACCAAAUGGCCCGCAGGUCUUGACACCGACGAGAAGUGUGACAAACAUUUCCCCCUUCAGAUCAAGACUCAAGAGUUUGCGUUCAGCGGGACAUCUAUUCGAUGGCCAGACUAUCGUAUUGUCGAGUUGUCGAUCAAAAUGUGUGAUUUGCCUCUCGAUCCUCACGCGAGCGACAAAAUGAAACGAUUGUUACGCGAGAGGUAUAACCAGAAGACUGACACAAUCACUAUUACCGCUUCCAAGUGUCCGACAAGAAAACAGAACUACGAAUACGCGGUCUAUUUGUUGACUGCCGUCUACUUUGAGUCUUUGAAAGUGGAGGAAUGGGAGGACGAGAAGACAGAAGAGGAUUGGGAGAAGUUUUAUUGGGAUAAAAGUGAAUCCAAGAAAACGAUUGUUUCAUAUAUGAAACAAAUCAAACCCGAACUCAAAGACGAAGAGAUCCUAAACGACCAAAGAGUCAAAUCAUUCUCUGAAUCCGUUUCACGACUUUUUGAUCAAAAAGAAGAUAAAAGUUCUUUAAAUGAAUACAAACGAAACGUUUUACAGAUUCUGUUCUGAAGACUUAAAUGUCUUCUGGAAGUAGUUAUUCACUAAUAGAUUAGGAAAUAAUUUAAUCAUUAAUUUGUAAAUAAAAUGCA